AUGCUCUCGCACGCUGCAGAAGCUUUGCAUCUCAUUCUUGCCUCCAAGCAAGCGAGCAAGGAAAGCGAGUCCCGCAAUCUCGAGUCUUCCCAUGCACGUCGUGCUGCGCUGGAUCAGAGUGUCGUCAGAAGCUGGGCUUCUGGUUUGGGAAAAAUGAUGGUCGCUGGCACACACCAAACCGCCAUCUCAAUUCCACAGCUUCGUCGCCUCUUGCGUACAGGCAUGCUUGCUGUUCCUACUACCUGGCGCUCGAGCUCGAGCCUGAAUCCCGAGUUCCGAGCACUGGGCACCAAGCUCGUCACACCGAGGAAGGCCGGACAGAGUCGACUGCGUACCACUGCUUGCGCAUCCAAUGAAGCGGUCCCCGUGCACUAA